UCUCGAUGCCUAAAGUACGCACUCUCCGCUCGAAGAAAGCACCAGAGGGUUGGGAUGAAAUAGAAGCAACGUUGAUGGAAUUGGAUAGGAAAAUGAGGGAUGCUGAAAACGAGCCUCAUGAGGAUAAGAGGAAAACGGAGCUCUUGUGGCCCAUACACAAACUCAACCAUCAACGGUCAAGAUACGUGUUUGAUAUGUAUUAUAAAAAGAAGGCAAUUUCGAAGGAGCUCUUCAGAUAUUGUCUCGAGGAGGGCUGGGCUGACAAGCAGUUGGUGUACAAUCUACCAAUCACAACCAGGGAACGACGUGCAUUUGCCGAGUACCACGAAGUCAACUUGGAGAAGGGAAAGUUGUGCAGUGUGCUCAUUGUGGAUGCAGAGGAUGUGCAUCUGGAGAUCAAUAAGACCGUAUAA